CUUAAGAGGCACCUCAGCAUCGAUCCAUCGCCGGCGGCCGGAUCAGAUCACACGCUAAAUACCUGCGUCCACCACGAUCCGUUUGUCGUUCUUGUGCGCAUGGCGUGCAGCAAGCCGCAGCGAUCAUCAGCGAACUGCGGCGCUGCGCCGGCAUGCGACGCGGACAUCGACCCCAAGGUCGAGUGGCUCGUCGAAGCCGCGAGCUACACCCUUCGCCUCAACCUACCAGGGUUCAAGAAGGAAGACUUCAAGGUGCAAGUGUACUCCGACGGCCGCCUGACGGUCCGCGUCCAGCGUCCGGCCGGGUGCGUGCGGUUCCACAAGGUGUUUCAGCUGCCGCCAACGGCCAACCUCGACGGGGUCGCCGGCCGGUUCGACGGCACCGUGCUGUCCCUGACCGUGCCCAAGGUGCAGGCUAGCGGGACGGAGAUGGUGCUGUGCGUGGCCGGGCCCAAGUGGGCGGAGGUGGUCGGCGCGAAGGGGCACAUGGUCACCGCGGCCGUCGCCGGGUUCGCGCUCGGCGUCUUCGUCGCGCACAGGCUCUUGUCAGCAACGAAUUCCUAAGACAUCAUGUAAUCUGCACGCAUUUAUGUACAGAGAUCUAUGAAAUGGAUUCCUCGUAAAAAAAUCUAUGAAAUGGAAAACUAAA